GCCGCCCGCUCCGACAUGACCGUCGUCGACCACGUCGCCGCCGUCCUCGCGGCGAUGGUGUUCGUGGGAGGCACCUUGUCCGCGCAACACCCGCCCGGGCACCUGCCGCCCCCAGGGCCGCCGCCGCAAGGGCCGCCGCCUCAGGGACCUCCGCCGCCGGGAGCUUUCCCGCCCCCGGGACCCUUCCCGCCGUCGGGUCCUCUACCGCCUGGGUCGUCGCCGCAGGGCGCGCUCCCGUGGGCUCAGCCUGCUCAGCCGCCGCCGCAGGCGCCGCAGGACGCAGGGGAGCCGCCGGCCGAGGCGGAUGGAGACGCCGACGACCCCGACGGGGACCUGGUGGACGUGCCCGGCCCUGCGAUGGUCAUGGGCAGGGGAAUGACGUGCACGGUGACGGCGUGCGUGGCGGCGUGCAGGCGCGCCAUGCACGCGGCGGCGCGGUGCCACGGCGGCGCCUGCCAGUGCCGGGACCACCGGCCGCGCCCGCCCCGCCACCGCGACGACCCCGGCCCGGCCAGCGGCCCCACCUCCAACUCCAACAGCAACGUGAACGUCAACUACAACGUGAACGCGGUCAUGCCGAUGCCCUACAUGCCGCCGCCGUACGCCCCGCAGUACGCCCCGCAGUACCCACCCCAGUACCCGCCGCCGCCGUACCCCCCGCCGUACCCGCCGCCGUACCCGCAGUACCAGCCGAUGGCCGCUCCCGUGCCCCCCAUGUACCAGCCCCCUGCUGCGACCAGCACGACGCAGCCGCAGCGGGUCUUCACCUACAGCGCCAUCUCCCCCGUGCCGGCGCACGCGACCAGGGUCACCGCCGACACCACCCCCGAGCCGCACGCCCCGCCGCCGCAGGGCGCGUUCCGGAGGCCCGUCGGGGCGGGUGCACCUGGCGCAGGCGGACCAGGCGGACCAGGUGGGCCAGGCGGAGCGCCAUUUCCUCCUGUGCUGCCUGGUCUUGGUUCGUUCCCCGGGAUCGGGGAUGACUUUGGACCAGGGCCGUGGGGAAAGGUAUCAGGCGUUCCGUAUGGAGCACUGGCGGCUGCGCCACGAUGGGCAGGGGGGUCUUCCGGCCCUGGAAGUCCAGGGGGGCCUGUGGGGAUAGGCUCUGGCCUGCCUGGGCCCAUCGGGAGUUCUGGAGGGCCCGUUGGUACGGGUAACGGCGGAUCGUCGGGGUUGAGAAGUCUUUCGGGAUUUGGAGGUGGGCAGUAGGCAAGCUGCGGGCGGUUGUGGGGUCUAACGGGUUCUAUGUGUCGAGGGGCUGAGGCUGAGGGAGGUUCUCGACUGAGGACUGGGAGGAGAGACUUAGCUCGGAUUAAUUUGUCUCCGUGUUUUGAAGCUGUGGGACACAGGUGGUGGCGUAGCAGAGUGAGCAAAAAUGUUUCAGUUGUUGAGAGUAUGGCGGAUAUCAUUAGUCAGUUACGACCAGGGGGAAGUCCAAGCAAUUUGACGAUUACCAGGCUGAAGAUGGGUUACCGAUCUGAUUCGUUACCUUCCAUGCCAAAACGACGUAAUUAUUUACGCCCCCGUUGAAAAAAAAAAUUGCGAGUCAUAAAAUUACAUUUAUGAAUGGUAAUUUUACAGGAAGAAAGGAAACAACUAAAUAUAAUCGGGGCAGUAUAUUUGAUAAC